AUAAGUAUUGAAAAUGUAUAUUUUAGACAAAUUGUUCAACUGGAUGUCAAAUAAAAACAUAAAAAAUUAUCCAAAAGUGUCGAUGAAUUCAUUCUCAUCUCGAUUUAAUCUGAUUGUUUCAUCGACAAAAGGUUUGCUAGGAAAUGGUUUGUUUAUUUUGUUGUUUGUUUCAACUCAGUUGAAAUUUUGGGUCAAAUUAGGCUACAUUUCACUGGAUUCAACAUUUUCGGUUCAUCCAGAAACCAUAAUCUACUGUUUCAUUGAAAUCUAUCUCUUAAGCCUUUUUCACUUUAAAUUUAAUGAGAAGUUUCUAACCCAAGUUCACCAAAUAUGGAAAUCCUUAAAUAUUGACUCUGAUGAUUCAACUCGACGUUAUUUUUGGACCAAAGAAUCAAGUUACCGUAAAAUGAUCACAAUUAGUUACUUUUCUAUGGGGGUCUCCGUACUGUUAGUACAUGCAGCCUCUUGGCCUUAUACAUCGGUUAGUCCAUCUGAGUACUCAAUUGAAAUGCUAUUGAGCGAACCAUCAGUCAAAUUUUGGUCUGAAAUGCUUGCAGACAUUGUUCUUUAUCCAGUCUGUCUGAUGCAGGAUUUUAUUAUAAUUGAUUCUGCAUUUCUGGCCCAAUCUGCUCUCCAUUACAUCAACAAUCGACUUGCAAUAAUAGAUAAACAGUUGAAGAUGAACGAUAUGAAAUUGGACAUUAAAGCCAUUCAGGAUUUGAGAGUGAAAUAUGUGUUAACUCAUCGUUUGGUGAAAAGAUUGGGUUCAUUCGUGAAUCCCUGUUUAUUUGGCAUAUUUUCAUAUUACGUCUCAAUUUUGAAUGUUAAAAUAUACAAAAUACUGUUCACUGAACACAAUCAGUUCUAUUUAACUGUUGCAUUGAUUGACUUCUUCGGCACAAUCACUGAAUUGUUUUUACUUAUUAUACCAAUUGCUACAAUAACAACAAAAUCUCGUGAAUUUCAUAAGACUUUGUACAAACUAACCUUUAACACUGAUUCAUUUCACUAUCUAAAUGAGAUUUCACUAUUUCUCUAUCGGAUGAGCUUCAAUAAUAUUGGAUUCUCGUUUGGAGGUAUUUUCAUGAUCACACCAGAUUUCACAUCUUCAUUGAUUGCUGUAACGUUUACGAUUAUUAUUGCGAUUCCAUCAUUUAUAUCUUGAAUAUUAAGCUAAUACUUUAAAUAAAUGUCGAUCAUUUCAGAAAAAACCAAAUUAAAAAGUUUGAGUUUCACACGAAUUUGGUUACUUUAUAUUUCUCUCGGCUCUUUCAAACUAUCCAAUUUAGUUAUAUGGACACACAACUCAAAUUUUCGAGUCUUUGGCAGCAGUCUUUGCAUUAGACUUGCAAGUCUAACCAGAAAAUUGGUUUAUUCACCAAGAUAUGGGUUAAGACGAGUUUUGUUUGUUGAAUAAGUUGUUGCUCGUGCAUUUACAACGCAAAAUCUGACCCAAAUGCGCUAAUGGAAAAUUAUUAAAUUUUAUUGAAUUAUUAAUUAGUUAAAGAAUGCUGAUUUUAGAUAAUUCCAUUCUUGAAAUAUUGAGUCUCACAGUUUUAAGGCCAAUGACCAAUAUCAAGAGAACUGUUCAUAAAUUGAAAAAAGUGUUUGGUAAUUGAUGAGCACAAACAAUAUUUACACACAAAUAAGUUUCAGCUCUUUAACUCAUACGGCCAAAGAAAAAGAUCUGUUUAACUGGAAAUCGAACUAAUCUGUUUUACAGAAAAAGAAAG